AUGAUCGCCGACGAUGAUCCACAUCAUGGUUUUCGUACCGUAUCCCUGACCGUAUCCGCCAUUUCCCUCUUUUGCCUCCUUUCAAUGGUCACUGUUAUCCCGCUAUUGAACAAUCAACUCGACUCGGCUCAACAAAGGCUACAAAUGAGAAUGGAUGCAUUCAAAUUCACCGCCCGGGGAAUCUGGUCAGAUAUUAUUGUCGUGCGAAGCGAUGGGCGUCAGAAGAGACAAGAUUACGGAGCCGGCUACGGCUCGGGUGCAAUGGACGAUUCAGCGCAAUGCACAAGCUGUGUGCAACUACAGUGCCCGCCCGGGUCACAGGGACCGCCCGGUGUCAAUGGAGAGCCAGGAGUUGAUGGAGUGGCUGGUCGACCCGGGAAGCCCGGUUUAGACGGAUUGGAUGUCCCACUGGACCCAGAGCCAGCUUUUCCAUGUGUCAUUUGCCCAGCUGGUCCACCCGGUGACCGGGGACCACAAGGAGAGCCUGGACGCGGUGGAACACCUGGAGAACCUGGAUUGCCUGGAUUGCCCGGAAGACCCGGAAAGCCUGGAAGAGUUGGAGAUGCUGGACCACAGGGAGAAGCCGGCGAGCUUGGAGACCCGGGAAUGAAGGGUCCACCCGGUGAUGACGCGAUCGGUGGCACUGGCAUCAAGGGACCCCCAGGCCCGUCUGGCCCACGUGGCCCCAAGGGUCCACCCGGGCAGAAUGGAAUGCCAUCACAGAACCCUGGACCCCCAGGGCCGCCCGGAGAGAUGGGGCCACCUGGCCCACCGGGAAGACGAGGAGAACCCGGUCCACCUGGACCCUUCGGACCACCAGGAGACUCGGGUGAACCCGGCGGCCAUUGCCCGUCUUCUUGCGGUGUUCAAGAGAUCAUCGCUCCAUCGGUGUCCGAAUUGGAUACAGGAGAUUACACACCACACGAACAACCAUCGCACGGCGGAUAUAGGAGAUGGAGGAAU